AUGGCCUCAAAUGUUCCCAAUAAUGCUACGGAUCCAAAAUCAAAACAAGAAUACUACGCAGAACACGAUGCUUAUAUUAAGAGAAAAUUUAAUUUUGUACAAAAUGGUGCACAUCCAUGUUUAAGUCAAGGUAGAAAAAACAAUCUUUGCACAAAAGGUGAUGCAUGUCUGUUUAUUGGUUUUCCAAUUGAUACGUGUAUGUAUUAUAUAUUUGGGAAGUGUACACAAGAAAAAUGUCGUCAAACGCACUAUGAAGACUUUGCUGAAAAAUACAAGAAAUAUAAAGAGGAAUUUUCUGAAAUGAAUAAAGAACAAUUCAGACAGUCGAAGGAGCGUCAGAAAGAAGAAGAACGUAUAAAGAGUGAAGCGAAUAUUAAUGCUGAUCAAGCAUGGUUAAAUGCAAGUACACGAAUUUGUCCAAAAUGUGCAUUACCAGUUGAAAAAGGGCCUGGUUGUGACAGCAUGUAUUGUCAACAUUGUAAAGCCCCCUUCCGUUGGGAUCAAAUGGAAACAGCAAUCGGUGGUAAAAAUGCGUAUAAAAUAGAGCAAGCCAAACGAAAUGCUUCGAAAUGGGUAUCAAAAGAUUUGCCCAAAGAUUCAAUACAGUUAUUCGUUGUUCUUCUGAAUGGAAAAUCCAAAGCAUUUACUAUUUGUAAAAUGAAGUUAAGAUGGAUCUUGAUUAGGCAUGCAACGUAA